AUGUAUGCCAGUGUGGACACUGAUACAGACGGCAAGCUGGACGGCAAGCUAGACGGCAAGCUGGACGCCGAGCUGGACGCCGAGCUGGACGCCGAGCUGGUCAAGUUACUGCUCGUGGGCGAUGACAAGUGCGGCAAGACAACAUUUCUAUCGCGGCUGAGCGCUGGUGACGAAACAAAUCCCAUCCCGCUCCUCCGCGACAUAGACCAGCCGUACAUUUUCAACGUGAGCCUGUCCGGCAAGCCGUUCCACCUCGAGUUUUACGACACAUCGUGUGCGCAGCACUGGCGCCUGCUGGAUCCCGACGUCAUCGUCGUCUGCUACGACAUUGGCCGGCGGCCGAGUCUCGUCAGCAUGAGAACAUUCUGGUUGAACGAGGUGAAGGCGGCCUUUCCGCGCAUCGACGGCCUGCCGAUCGUCGUCCUCGGCCUGAAGCGGGAUCUGAGGUGCAAGCUGCAGCCGGACGCCGUCGUCGAUCCGCAAGAGGCGUACCAGAUGGCGCAGACGAUGCGCGCCGAUCGCUACGUCGAAUGCUCUGCUGUGACGGGCGAGCUCGUGAAGCUGGCCUUUGAGGACAUUUGCAUCACGGCGACGAAAACGACGACGGCGGCGGGGGGGCAGACGGAGGGAGGCUGCACCGUGCUCUGA